AUGAAAGAUGAAAUUGCUGCUGCGGUCUUCUUCAUCACAAAGCUGGUGAAGAGGGAAGGCAAGCUGAGCAAGGAUGAAGUGGAGAAGUUUGCAGCUAGGCUGACCACGGUCCUGUUUGAAAAGUACAAAAAUCACUGGUACCUGGCCAGUCCCUGCCAAGGACAAGCCUUCAGGUGUGUGAGGAUCAAUAAACAGCAGCCACGGGAUCCCCUGCUGGACCAGGCUUGUGCAGAGAGCAGCGUGGACUUCAACCAGCUGGGCUUGCCCGAGGAGUUGACGGUGUGGGUGGAUCCCUUCGAGGUGUCCUGCAGGUACGGGGAGAGGAACGAGCCCUUCACCGUGGUGCGCUUCAACGGGGAGGAGAACCCCGAGCUGCCCCAGCAGAUCAACCUUGCCGUGGGGAGGGCAGCCCUGGACAAUCACUCUGGCAGCUCCUCGGAUGAGGAGAGCUUCAGCAAGGAGCCCAAAGCCAUCCCCACUGUCAGCAACCCCAACAGUGUGUACCAGUUCAGUGACUUCUGGAAGACAUCCCUCCAGCCCUGGUGCCCGUACCUGCAAAGGACGCCCUACGAGGCCCACGGCUCCCACUUUGGCCAGCCCAGAGCCUACAGGGGCUACAGGUCCUACAGGCCCAUGAGCGCCUUCCCAGGCCCACGGAUGGACAGGUACCACUGGGUCAACACCAAGAGGUAGAUCCGUGGCUGCUUUCAGACUCUGGAGCCCUGCUUUCGUUAUGGGGUGAAGGCUGGCCCUGCAAAACCUCAUAAGAAUAGCACUUGCUGCCUAAUCUGUCUGUGACUCUGUAUUUAUGAACAUUUUGGGGGGGGGGUUUUAUACAGGUUUUUCAGUGUUUUAAAUUGAUGUUAACAUAAGAAUAAAGAUGUAGUGUGAGACUCUUCUUGUGAG